CCCACCAAGGACUGGUCUCAGGUCAGUGUUCCUCCAGCAUCACAUGAGGGGACUGUGAGGAGAGCUGUGUCUCAGCUGGAGGAGACGCUCAGUAACAUGAUGAAGACGCUGGUUGAAGUGAAGAUGAAGAAGCUGGUUCCUGAAACUGAGCUGAAGAGGGUCCAGAAGUUUGCAGUGGACUUGACUCUUGAUCCUGAAACAGCUCAUCAUGACCUCAACUUGUCUGGUGACAGGAAACAAGUGAAUGAUACUGAUGUGAAUAGAACACAAAGUUUCUCUUCAGGCAGAUUUUACUUUGAGGUUCAAGUUAAAGGAAAAACUGAAUGGGAUUUAGGAGUGACCAGAGAGUUGAGCAAAAGGAAAGGACCAAUCACACUGUGUCCUCAGAAGGGUUACUGGACUAUAUGGUUGAGAAAUAGAAACGAGUAUGAAGCUCUUGAUGAUCCUCCAGUUCUUCUCUCCCUGAGGUCUCGGCCUCAGAAGGUGGGGGUGUUUGUGGACUAUGAGGAGGGUCUGGUCUCCUUCUAUGACGUAGAAGCUGCAGCUCUCAUCUACUCCUUUACUGGCUGCUCCUUCAAGAAGAAACUCCUCCCAUACUUCAGUCCUGGUCUUUAUAAUGGUGGUAAAAACUCUGCUCCUCUGAUCAUCUCUCCUGUUGGAGUAAACUAAUCAUUCUCUUUGGUUAUUGUAA